CAAUUUUAAGACAUCCCAAAAGGAAAAAGAUUAUUCAAAAAUGGGAAAAAUGUAAUUCUUGGGGUCAGUUCUGAUCCACUGAAUUUGUCUCUUGAAAAUUUUCCUACACGCUGGGGCACUUUUCCGUGGAGAAAUGCAUCAAUCUGUGUGUAUAUAUGGGGGACUGUGAUGCGUGAAAAUUACUUAUUUUACGGCUUCCCAUUUUUUAUUUCUUGCUUGUUUUAUGAGUUUGAUGGUUACUGGAUUUUAUUCUCUUUGUGAAAUAUCUGAAAUCAUGGUUUUGAUUUUGGUUUUAGUAGUUUUAGCUUUAGGUAAAGAAGUCCUCAAUUUUGGCUUUGGAGGUUUGUAGUUUGUUAGAUUUGUGGCUUUAGAUGGCAUUUAAGGGGAAAAGGGGCAUAGAUGAGAAGGAAUGUGGGCAUAGAAGCACUGAUCUAAGUGUGGAGGAGCAGAGCAUGUGGGCUAGUUUGCCUCCGGAGUUGCUUCUUGAUAUCGUUGUUAGAGUAGAGGCUAAUCAGCGUGUGUGGCCGGCUCGAAGGUCUGUGGUGUGUUGUGCUGCUGUUUGCAAGUCUUGGAGGGGGAUAGUUAGAGAGGUCGUUCGGACUCCCGAGCAAUGUGGUUUACUCACUUUCCCUAUGUCUGUUAAGCAGCCCGGGCCAAGGGAGUCUCCGAUUCAGUGCUUUAUCCGAAGGGAAAGGGCAACCUCGACUUAUAGGCUAUACCUCGGCUUAACCCCUGCUAUUUCGGGGGAAGCCAGUAAGUUUCUGUUAGCAGCGAAACGAAUCAAAAGGGCCACGAAAACAGAUUUUGUCAUGUCUUUUUCUCACACCAGUGAUUGUUAUGCAGGCAAACUAAGAUCCAACUUUUUUGGCUCCAAAUUCUACGUUCACGAUUCUCGGCCUCACUGCAACACUCCUAUCCAAUCGCACCGUUGGUUGGGGAAAAGAAUUUCCCCCAAGAAGGUGGCACCAAGAAUACCUAAUUGCAGCUUUAAUGUUGCAACCAUUGCUUACCAACUUAAUGUUCUCCGAACAAGAGGGCCAAGAAGGAUGAACUGCACGAUUCCAAUAUCGUCAACUGAGGAAGGUGGAAGUGCGACAUUUGGUUGUGGUCACGAUGAAGCUUUUAGCCCCUUGACAGCUUCCAAAAUGAGAAAACAGGAUUCUGCUUCCGACGUCCCUAUCAGAGGAAAGUCGAAACAACCGUACACCAGCAUUGGUGAACCACUCAUUUUGAAGAACAAAACUCCGAGAUGGCAUGAGCAGCUGCAGUGUUGGUGUCUCAACUUCAGAGGACGUGUUACAGUGGCAUCGGUCAAGAAUUUUCAGCUUGUAGCUGCGGGGGACUCAUCAGAGAAUGUUCCAGCUUCAGAACAAGAGAAUGCCAUCUUACAAUUCGGGAAGAUAGGAAAGGACAUAUUUACCAUGGACUUUCGAUAUCCCCUCUCUGCGUUCCAAGCUUUCGCUAUCUGUCUAAGCAGCUUUGAUACGAAACCAGUAUGCGAGUAGGCUUGUUAUUUUUAAGCAGUGGAUGCCACCCGAACAAAUAGAUAUGUCUGUAUAUACUUUUAGGUUCUGUUUUCCGUGGAAGAAGGUAUGCCUUGCGUUCAUCCUUCAUAAGAUAUGUUUUACUUAUAAGACGUCAAGGAUAUGGUUUCGCUUUCGAUGCUUUUGUAUUCUGGAUAAAAAAUUGAACUUAAACCAUUUGGAUGUGUGUUGCUUAUGUAGAGCAAGAAAUUAUAAUUGUAAGCUAUUCCAAAAUGCUUUGCUAAUAGUGACUACGGAAAAUGUUGGUUUAUUUA